UCGCUGUCCGUCAAUCAAAAUCGUGCACUAGCUAGAUAUUACUUUAAACUGGUGUUACAGCCUGUGUUGUGAAUAUUUUUGAUGGACGACAUAAAGCAGAAAGAAACAGAGGAAAAUGCGCCUUCAGUUAUCGACCGGUAUUACACACGGUGGUACAGAGUCGAUAUGAAGGGGAAACCGUGUGAGGACCACUGCAUCCUGCAACAUUCAAACAGAAUAUGCGUUAUCACACUAGCAGAGACUCACCCCAUCCUUCAGAAUGGGCAGAUGAUCAAGAGCAUCAAUUACCAGAUCAGUAACGGCUGCAGUCGGCUGAACAAUAAAGUCUCCGGGAAGUCCAAGCGGGGCGGUCAGUUCCUCACCGAUUUCGCACCUCUGUGUAGGAUAACAUGUACAGAUGAAACUGAAUACACAAUCUACAGCUGCAUCCGGGGCCGUCUUCUUGAGGUCAAUGAGAACAUUUUAGAAACACCUUCACUUUUGCUGGAAAAGCCGUCCACUGAAGGAUACAUCGCUGUCAUCCUGCCAAAGUUUGAGGAAAGCAAGAGCAUAACGGAGAAUCUUCUGAGCAGAGAGGAGUUUGAGAGCAUCGUCUCCAAACGGAGUGUUGCUGAAUCACAACCCUCUUGACAGGGCUCCGUGUUCUUGCCUUGUUCAAGUCAGAACUGUUUUGGAAGAGCUCAUCAACCUUCAAAUCCCACCAGGUUGGGUAGAAACUGUGGACGCUAUCCUGGAAAGUGACAUUUACUUGUGGUUACUUCUAAAAGACUGUCAUGUAUAAUGCAAGAAUUGCACUGUGCCUCUAGAUUAUUAUAUGUUGUUUUUCACUGUUAAAGAAUUUGAAGGUUUCAGAAAGCAUUUUUCUUUGAAGUGCUUUAUUUAUUGUUUGGUUUUUGUAAGUUGAAGAGCAAGGAAACAUAGAAAAGCAUGACAUUAUUUGAAUCUGUAAUUAAGUACUCCUCAAAAAAUCUUCAGUUAGAAUUAUUUUUGUAUAAUAUCAUUAAAAACAAUCAACACAGA